AUGUGUUCUCGAAACGAAGAUAUUCUGCUUGACAUUACAGUUUUACCAAAAGAUAUUUUUGAACGUGUUGAUCAUAAAUUUUAUGAUGUUGUUAAAUCAGUAGCAGGUGAUUCAUUAGCAGAGAUUUUAAAAAUACAAUCGAUUAACUCUGUUGGAAAAUUAUUGAAUACUCCUGAUGCAUUUGCAUUUUUUCAAUAUGAUUCAGAAGAAACUGAUGCUAUUAAACUUGAAAUAUCAUUAAAACAAAAACAAGAAUUAGCAUCGAAUGAAAAAACAGAAAAUUAUUCAAACUAUAUAAAUGAUGAAUUCCUCGAUAAUCAUCCGUUAUUAAAGUCAUUGAUAAAAUGGUAUCAAUUAAAUGAUUUAGAUGAUGUUAAGCAAACAAAUCGAUUUUUAGUAUCAUUUAUAGACAAUUUAAUAAACAACUGUACACAAUCUCCGAAUAAUUUUAGACAUAGUGAAUCAAUUAAAAAUUUUGCCAUAUGCUUAUAUGUUCUCGGUGGCAAACAAACCUAUGAAUUUAUUUGUUUAAAUCUUUAUGGUUCUAUUCCUAAUUUAACAACACUUGGUGAAUUAAUUAAAAACUCAGACACUGCCUCUAGUGAAGCAGAAUUUAACUUUGGAUCUCUUUGGCACUGUCGUUCACACUUUGGUUUUUGUUCUGAAGACAUCACAGGGAUCAUUCGUAAAGUUGAAUAUAACUCAAAAACAAAUUCUUUCGUCGGGUUUGCAACUCCAAUUAAUCAUGAGAUUCCAUUACCAAAAUUCUAUCAAGCUGAUACGUUUAAUGAAUUGAAAACAAUUUAUGAAACAAAUGAGAUGGCACCACUGUUAAAUGUACACAUGUUUCAAAGUAUACCAACUGAAGAUAAUGCAACUCGUAUUCCAAGACCAUUGUUAUUAUCAGCGUAUGGUGUUGACAAUAAGAUUACUGCAAUAAAUGUAUUAAAUCGAUGGAUGUAUAUUUUUCAACAUUGUUUGCAACAAAAUGUCUGUAUCAUUGGAUUUUCUACAGGUAGAUUUUAA